CCAAUGUUGCAUGCGUCCCUCGUUUAUUUGUUGAACCCCCCGAAACUCAGAUAAUUCACAGUUCACAAGGGUUUGGUUCUGGGAAUCCGGUCACUGUGGUUUGAGCUGCGCACUGACCCAGAUGAAGGACACUAAAGACAAAGUCCGCAUGCACUUGAUUCUUCUCCCGUCGUAGUAAUGUAAUAUACAAACAUACGCGGUCCAAAGUCUGACACGAACGUUCAGUCGGACCGUAUUCAGAACAUUCGAUCAUGAACCUGAACAGAAACACCGGGUGUUUCUGCAGCUCUUCCAGUUGUGUGCAACAGGGGUCCAUCCCAUAAUAUUCUGACGCUACAGCUGCUUACACUCUAUUCCUGGGAUUUACUUUUUAAUUUGAUAAACUCUGUCCAACUCGUAUCCUGCUCGUUUUACACACAAGUUUGACUUAGUGACGCACUUUUCACUUGUUUGUGACCCGUUGGUCCAGAAAAUUGCAUGAACCAGUAAAGAUUUGACCUUUUAGUAAAAUCAAUCGAGUGAAAACAAAACAAGAUACGUGAACGAGGACGCUGACGUCCAGUCAAACCUGGUGUUGAGACGCUGAGUAGUGGCUGAUCUGGUUCAGCAGCUUUAAUGUCUCUGUUUCAGACGCUCCAGUCAUUCUAAUGAGACAAAUGAUGCUUUUAUGGGCUUUAUUCUUGGAUUCAAACGCGCGUCUCUGCAGCUGUUGGUGCUGCAGCCCAGCGGCCGCGCUGCUCGUGGGACCUGCUGUUUGCUCCACUCAGGAACGCACUUUGUGUGUAAAUAAAUGUCCUGCUUCACUGUGCGUCACCGUGGGUUCUGUCCCAGUGAACGCGUGCAGACGGAGCCUCGGCGCUGGUGUCGGAGCGUCUGCAGUUUGGGGCUACGGCUUCCUGGCCGUCACCGUCAUCAACCUGGCUGCUCUGCUCGGGCUCCUGCUGAUCCCCUUCACCAACAAGCCCUAUUUCCCCAAAGUGCUGACCUACUUCGUGGGCCUGGCCAUCGGCACGCUCUUCUCCAACGCCGUGCUGCAGCUCAUUCCAGAGGCGCUUGGCUUCGAUCCCAAAGCUGACAACUACGUAGGAAAUGCAGUUGGAAUAUUUGCAGGCUUUUACAUCCUGUUCGUCGUGGAGAAGAUUCUGAAAAUGGCUCUGCGGAUCGAGGAUGAGCACGGCCACAGUCACUUCAGCCCCUCAGAGCCUCAGGACACCGUCCUGCACAACGGGGACGUGCUGGGGAGGAACGACUCCAUUGUUCUGACCAACAUCAGCAGCAUCAGCACCGACAACAGCGGCUCCAAACCGGACCCGCCACCCUCCACCCCGACCUCUCAGGACCCCCAGGCGUCGGCGGUGAUGUGCUACUGGCUGCGGGGGCAGCGCAUCAGCAGCAUCAAGACGGUGGCGUGGAUGAUCACGCUGAGCGACGCCGUGCACAACUUCAUCGACGGCCUGGCCAUCGGCGCCUCCUUCACCGUGUCGGUGCUGGCCGGGUUCAGCACCUCCACCGCCAUCGUGUGCGAGGAGUUUCCUCAUGAGCUGGGAGACUUCGUGAUCCUCCUCAACGCCGGUAUGAGCGUCCCUCAGGCCGUCUUCUUCAACCUGCUGUCGGCCGUGUCCUGUUACGUGGGCCUCGUCCUUGGGAUCCUGCUCGGGAGCAACUUCGCCCCCAAUGUAAUCUUCGCCAUCGCUGGAGGAAUGUUCAUGUACAUUGCGCUGGCCGACAUGUUUCCAGAGAUGGACAGCAUAGCGCGAGAGCAGAAACGUACCUCGGCCAAGGUGGUCUUCUUCCUGAUCCAGAACGCGGGGCUGCUCACCGGCUUCACCAUCAUCCUGCUCAUCACCAUGUUUGCAGGAGACAUCAACCUUGGCUAGAAGAGAGACGAGGAGGAGCUGCUCCGUUUCUGCCCACAGCUCACUCCACUGGGCAGGAAAGUGAAUGUAAGUGAAUGUUUUGUAUAAACAAAACUGGUGAAACACGGCUUCUGUAUGUGUCGACUAGCGACUAGUGAAACAUUUACUCUGUAAAAAGGGGAAUCUUUACAAUCACCUGAACAAAUCUUACAAACUAGUUGCAUUUGCCUAAUGAGCAAUAUUUAAUAAAUCUUCCAGUCUCUGUAUGAUGUAUGCCACGUUCAUUGUACCUCAGGGGUGAUGUAUCGUAAGCUAACACUCAAAUGCUGUGCCACUGUUUGACUGUUAUUGCAGCAGUUUGACCUCUGACCUCUGAGUUUAUUGUCUGGCUAAAUGGGGACAGUUUCUGCAAAGCACCACAUGUGUCUUAUACUACACUCCCACAUGAUCACUACUAUAUGUACAAACUAUAAAUGAAGCUCAGAAGUGACGUCUGAUGUUGCAACUGUCUGGAAACUGUCAAAUCAACAAAUGUGAUUUGUUUCUUUAAUAACACUUGAUCCGGUUUUAAACCAACUGGGAUGAGGUGUGCAGUUCUGAAGCUCACAUGCAGGUGAAUCCACUCUUUGAGCAUCCAGCAUCCUCUGGUUUCAGUUAAACCAUGUGAUGAAUCCUGUUCCUGUUACAGCAUCAUUUGAAUUUACCAUGUAGCUCAUUAACCAACACGAAACAUCCUUCAAUACCAAAGAGCAAAUACAAACAACGGAACCACUUCUAUACAGUAUUGACAUUAAUUAAUUUCUUGAUUUGAUUUUUCUUUGUGUUUUUAUUGUAUUGGUGUUUUUAAACAGAAACUGCUGUAAAUUAAACAAUUUUUACAUUUGUAUGGUACAGUUGUCAGUUCAUCCUUUGCACAUAAAGCUUAAAAUAAAUUGUUCUACUGAUUUUAA